AUGAUGAUGAGUGCAUACAAGGCAGUGAAAGAUGACCAUUUGCCAGUUUAUAGAGCAUCAAUCAUGUAUGGUGUGCCAAAACAAACACUGAGGGACAGAGUGUUGAACAAAGUCAAGAUCAGCUCAAGGUGGGGAAAAGAUUCAUUAUUCACCCAUGAAGAAGAAGAACUGCUUGUUAGCCAUCUGGAAGGGUUGGCCCAGGUUGGGUAUGGCAUUAAUCGCUCUCAGUUGAACAUUCUUGCAGGUGAUUUGGCUGUGAAACUGGGUAGACGUUUAACUGACUCCAUACUAAGCAACAACUGGUAUUAUGCCUUCUUGAGACGAUGGACACACAGGCUGAAAGUCAUUAAACCAAGGGGUCUUUCAUCAACAAGAGCAGCCGCUGUCACACAGGAGAAUAUUGACAGCUACUUCAGGGAUUUGGAUGCUAUUCUUACCAAGUACUCCCUGAAGUGUAAGCCACAUCUAAUUUAUAAUCUGGAUGAGACUGGCAUUCAGCCAGAGCAUCGACCAUCAAAGGUUAUCACAGGAGUUUCGUCAAGCAAAACUCAAGCUGUCACCUCUCCGAAUACAGGCACCACAACCAUUAUAGCGUGCGUAAAUGCGGCCGGAACAGCACUACCCCCUUACUAUGUGUUCAAGGGAAAACGGACAAACGAUGACCUAUUGAAAAAUGCAGCAGUUGGUGCCAACUACGCCAUGUCGGAUUCUGGAUGGGUAAACGGGGAGGUAUUGAUGAAGUACCUUGAAGAACACUUUCUGAAAUUUGUUCAACGAGGAUCAGGUGACAUUUCCCAACCUAUACUGCUCAUAUAUGAUGGCCAUGCUUCACAUGUCUCCAUUGACAUAGUCAACUGGGCAAGAGAGCACAAUGUCAUACUGUUUGUGCUACCCCCACACAGUUCUCAUGCCCUCCAACCAUUGGACAUUACAUGUUUUGGGCCGUUCAAGUCUAUUUUCCACAAUGAAUGCCAUCUAUACAUGGCUAAGCAGAGGGGAAGAGUCAUUACAAAAUAUGACAUAGCUGACUUGUCCGGGAAGGCUUACUGA